AUGUCUUCAUCGUACGACGUUCUUGUCACCGGCUCGGCCGGUCAUCUUGGUACCGCUCUGAUGCUUAGCCUGCCUUCAAUGGGCUUCAAACCCCUGGGAAUCGACAUUCUUCCCUCCUCGACUACGACACUUGUGGGAUCUGUUAGCGAUCGCAACUUCGUUGCCUCCGUAUUCGACUCUAACCCCAUAAAACAUGUCCUCCAUACCGCCACGCUACAUAAACCGCAUGUUUGCAGCCACUCCAAGGAGCAAUUCAUCUCGACCAACGUUGUCGGCACUCUGAUCCUGCUAGAAGAAUCUUCCAGGUUCGGAGCGCAGAUAGAGAGCUUUGUAUUCUUCAGUACAACCAGUACUUUUGGUAUGGCGCUCAGCCCCAAGCCAGGACACCCGGCUGCUUGGAUCGAUGAAUCUGUUGCACCCGUCCCAAAGAAUAUAUAUGGUGUGACGAAGGUUGCGGCCGAGGAUAUGUGCGCAUUGAUGCAGAAGCAAAGUGGAAUGCCCGUUUUAGUUCUCCGCACUAGCCGCUUUUUCCCCGAGGAAGACGAUGAUGAAGACCGUCGCGCAGCCAUGAGCGAUGAGAACCUGAAAGUUUUAGAGCUGGCCUACCGCAGAUGCGACAUUGAGGAUAUUGUUAGCGCAUCAGUCUGCGCAAUGAGAAGAGCCAAGGAUAUUCGAUGGGGAAAAUAUAUCAUAAGUGCCCCGCCACCUUUCAACAACGACAUGGAUACUCUCAGUGCUUUGGAUCGGAGCCCCGCGGAGGUGCUCAGGAAAGAAUUUCCCGAGGUUGAUGUUGUUUUCAAGGAGAAGGGGUGGAAGCAUCUAGCAAGAAUCGACAGAGUGUAUGAUCCAAGCAAGGCAAUGAAGGAACUAGGGUGGAAUCCAGAAUAUACAUUUGAAAAGACUGUGGGAAGAUUGGUGCGUGGUGAGCAAUGGAAAAGUGAUUUGACAGCGAGGGUAGGCAGGAAAGGUUAUCAUGCUGUGAGCACAGGGGUGUAUACAAAGAGAUGA